UUCCAGAAGAAUUUAAAUAAUUAGGUUAUAUGAGGGGGCUUAAAGCAGAAAGGCAAUAAUGAAUGAUUGGGCACUUAAAUUGAAUUAGAGGCACACUUCUUGCCAAUUAUCCCCAAAACACUCCAGAGUCAAAUGGCUCAUUAACUGUGCGGCAGCCAUUACAGUGGAGGAGAGGAUAUUGGAUCUCAAGCUUCUGUUUACACAGGCAGCACAACUCCUCUACAUCCUCUCUCCCUCACAAGGCUGCGUAUCCACACACCAGCUCCUUGACUGUUUGCCUCCGUACUUACACCAUUAGGGCUGAAUAUUUCGGUUCUCAUAGUUCUGCUGCUUGAGAGGGGGGUGUGCCGGGCUGUUUCACCCUCCCUGCCUCAAUCUGAGGUAGAGAUGGUGUACAGCGAGGCAGAGAGGAGCUAGCUCAGCCCUUCGAAGGACAGCUAGAGGACUUGGAGAGGAGCCUCCCCUCCCAGAGCACAGCGGGAGACUGACACAACAACCAGUUCCCUAGAGUCCCCCCCGAGGACUAGCCCACAACACACACAGGAUAACAUGACUUCACACUUCAACCUCAGUCAGUCAGCCAGCCAGCCGGGUCAGUGGGAGCUCAUGGCCUGAACCAGGCGGGAGGAGAACGAGCAGCCAGGCAGCCCAGAAAGGACUUCUCUUCCACUAGGAGGUCGGGAGGAUGCAGCCGGUGGCCCUGGUAUAUGCAGCUUUGAUGGUGGUGUCCAGUCUGUUCUCUGUGUGUGGUAACGUGGUUCUACUUCUGGUGGUUCUUCUCAACAAGGAGCUCCAUACCGAAACCUGGGCCCUGACCCUGAGCUUCUGCCUGAGUGACCUCGCCCUGGGUCUCUCAACCAUCCCCUUCGGAGCCCACAACAGCCUGCUCAGGCCGCAGGGCUACCCCAGCGACGGGUACCUCUGCCAGGGCAGCGCCUUCUUCUACCUGCUCCUUCAGCUGGGCUCAAUCCACUCCCUGACCUGGGCCACCGUCGACAAGUUCACAGAGAUCUGCUUCGCCCUGAGCUACAGCACCAUCUGCACGGCCAGGAGGACCAGAGUGGUGCUGGUCCUGGUGUGGCUCUACGGCCUGAUCAACGCAGCCUUGCCACUGCUGGGCUUCGGCCGCUACACCUACAGCAGCACCAGGUUCCUGUGUGCCCCUAGCUUCCAGCCAGACUACAGGGGCUUCAGUCUGCUCUUCAUCGUGGUCGGGAUCAUAGCACCCAUACUCAUCAUGUGCUCCAUGUAUGCGUACAUUGUGUAUAUUGCGAGGAAACAGGUGCGCCGAGGGACGUUUGUUUGCAACGACCAGCACUGUUUUUAUGUCCCUGCUAAAAGCUACUUCAGGAGCUCCAUAGUGAUGGUGGCAACUGUGGUGUUCCUGCUGGUGUGCUGGCUGCCUUACAUCGCCACCUGUUUCUAUGAGACGUUUAGUGGCCAUGAACCUCCAGCAGCAACCUCAGCCGUAUCCACCUGGCUCGUCCUCUUCACCUCCGCACUCAACCCAUGGAUCAACUCCAUGACGCAGAUGCGGUACAGAGCGGCUCUGCGGAAAAGCUUGAAUAAAAUACGCCAGCUGCUUCAGCACCGGCUGAAGAACUCCCACCCACAGAGCACCGCCAUCCAACUGGAGAUAGUGAGCCAUAAUCACCACCACCACAUCGCCAAGCCUUCACUCUGGUCAGACGACUCCAAGCCAGUUUCACCAGAGACUAGAUCCAUGUCGGAGGUGACCAUGGAGGAUAGUAAAGACACUGGGGACAGUAAGGGCAUUACACUGGACCAGGUCUGUCACUGCGGAACCAUCUGUUAAAAUUACUAGACUAACUACAUACUUGAUUUUAUGGAUCCCAGGACUCUGGAAAAAAGUGGCAAUUGUUACUAUCCUGACUAAAUAAAUACAAAUUAAUGACUUAAAUGAAAGGUUGGGACUAAUCAACAAGGGAGGACUAUACCAAGGAUCACUGUGGCGACAAGAGGCAACAGUCUCCUGUUUGACGAAUGUGAGAUCAUUGUGGUCCUUAGUGGCCAUACACCAAGACUGACAUAGCUAUCCUAUCUGUUCAGUUUCAGAUGAAAAAAGUUUGCUUACAACUUACACUGUCUGAACUACAAUGUUAAACUACAAUAUUUGAAUUACACAGCCGACUGUGCUAAACUGUUUAUAGACAAACAACACUGUCAGAGAUUAAGUCAAUCUGUUUACAGUCAAUAAAUAUUCAU